GUAGAUCUCUAUCUACGACUUGUCCAUAUUCUACUUUGCGCUAUAUGCUGUGAGGUAGACUCGCUGGUACGAGUCUCUUGCGAUUAUUCUUCUGCUGGAGGGUAAGAUAUCCUCGGAGGGUUAGAGAGAAAUCAUGGGUUCUAAAGGCGUGAAAAGACAAUUGUCCAUUGCGGAAUGUGAUAGGAUUUUGACUGCUCCAGGUCAGAUAUUGGAGAUGGAUUAUUUGACUUUGCAUGGAAGGAGAGUAAGGGUUUGGAAGAAUACACCUAGGACUUUCCGAGAAUCUCUGCUUGACAAAAUGACUACCUACCACGAGAGGAUAUUCCUCUCUUUUCCAUCCGUUCAGGGAAGGGAAUACUUGACAUAUGGUCAAGUGAUGGAGAAAAGUUUAGAAUUGGCAGCUUGGAUGCGCUCACGAGGUUUGGGAUUAGGUAGUAAGGUUGGGAUAGUGGGUAUGAAUUGUCCCGAAUGGAUCAUAGCCUUCACUGCGGUCCAGAUUAUCGGCGGUAUUUCCGUAUGUGUCAAUGCAUGGUUACCGGUGGAACAACUGAAACAUUGUCUCAUCAAAACCCGACCAGCUCUAGUCUUGAUGGACCAAGAACGAGCGGAUGAUCUCGUAGACUCAUUACCCUCGUUGAAGCAGUCGGGAAUAGAGUCAUACUGUUGGGGCUCGGGGACGACACUUCCUAGCUUGCAAGAUGCUGUCAGAACUAUAUCCGCCGCCGAACGAGACGGUUUGUUGAGAGGAAAGGGAGUUGAGUCGCUCGGACCAGAGUCGGAUGCGGUCAUUUUCUUCACUUCUGGAACUGGCGGACCUCCGAAGGCAGUUUUGAGUACGCAGAGAAUGGCAUUGACGAAUAUCUGGUCGGGUCUUGUUGGGGAUAAUGGGUGGCGAGCACCUGCCAGAGCUGCCCUUCGUGCAGGACUACCAAUUCCACCACUACCUCAACCCUCCCAUCCGCAAAGAACAGUCCUCCUCGCUAUACCCCUAUUCCACGUCACAGGCUGUCUUUCAUGGCUUAUGCGAGCUUUCUUUGCUGGUUCAAAGAUGGUCCUCCUACCUAAAUGGAGUACGACAGAAGCCAUACGUGUCAUUCAAAGCGAAGGAGUGACAGUCAUCGGCGGUGUCCCAGCUGUCGUCUCUGCUAUCCUUCAAUCUUCACAUCUACCUCAGACACACGUCCCGGAGACUGUCUUCUAUGGAGGGGCUCCACCAAGUAAUCAACUCCCCAAAGAGAUCAAAUCCCGUUGGCCUAAAGCCGGCUUGGUCCAAGGAUAUGGUUUGACAGAAACUAAUGCAUACGUGUGUUCUAUCGCUGGUGGUGAUUACCUAGCUAGACCUGACAGCACGGGACCGCCGGUUCCUGUGACAGAUACGAUGAUAGUCGACCCAGUAACCCGAGAACCAUUGCCGAUAGGCACUACGGGGUUGUUGUUGGUCAGGGGACCGCAAGUCAUGAAAUGUUAUUAUGAUGAUGAGGAAGCCACUCGGAAAGCUAUCGACGAAGAAGGUUGGCUUGACACUGGUGACGGGGCCAGUGUGGAUGCCGAAGGUUUCGUCUAUAUCAAAGAUCGAUUAAAAGAUAUCAUUAUUCGUGGUGGAGAAAACAUCCCAUCCAGCGACGUUGAAAACGCCCUAUAUGCUGAUCCAAGAGUAAGCGAAGCGGCAGCCGUAGGAAUACCCGAUUCGUUCUUGGGAGAACUCGUAGGAGUAGCAGUGACUCUGAGAGAAGGACAAGUGGCGGACGAAAGGGAGUUGAUACGUCUUGCUGCAACUAGACUUAGCAAACAUGCAAUACCCGUCAUCGUCCUCAUCCUCCCUGGUACUUUGCCACGUAACAUCAAUGGUAAAGUUAUCAAAAGUCAAUUGGUCCCUCUCGUAUCUGAAGCCUGGGCAAAAAGACGUGUCCGGGCAAAAUUAUAACAAAACCCAUUCCAAAUCUUCUGUCAUUUCAAUUUCUUGGUAUCUCUUAUCUCUUAGAUCAUAGAUUAUAUUCAGCAUCUAAUCAGUCGUCAAUUAUUACUACUCACAUCUUUGUUAGACUUGCUGUACGUUAAACCAUACGAUGCAUUUCACAACUUGUUACACAUGUAUGUAUGACACUUUGUCCGCACGG